GGGCGAGGGGCGGUUCCCGGGAGGAGGCCAGAAGUGCUUCCCGGCCGGCUGCCAACGCGGGCUGCAUCUAGUAGCAGCUGUCUCAGUGCAUUCCUCCCGGGACCAGUCCGCAGUUUCAUGUGUGAGCAGGAUGGAGGCUGACCUGUCUGGCUUUAACAUCGAUGCCCCGCUUUGGGACCAGAGCACUUUCCUGGGGCGAGUGAAGCACUUCUUCAAUAUCACGGAUCCCCGCACUGUCCUGGUACCAGAGUGGGAGCUGGACUGGGCCAAGGUGAUGGUGGAGAAGAGCAGGUUGGGGACUGCGCCCCCGGGCACCCAAGUGGAGCAGCUGCUCUAUGCCAAGAAGCUGUAUGACUCGGCCUUCCACCCCGACACUGGGGAGAAGAUGAACGUCAUUGGGCGGAUGUCCUUCCAGGUCCCCGGUGGCAUGAUCAUCACGGGCUUCAUGCUCCAGUUCUACAGGACGAUGCCAGCAGUGAUCUUCUGGCAGUGGGUGAACCAGUCAUUCAAUGCCUUAGUCAACUACACCAACAGGAAUGCAGCUUCUCCCACGUCGCUCAGGCAGAUGGCCGUUUCCUAUAUCACAGCCACAACCACCGCGGUGGCCACUGCUGUGGGCAUGAACACAUUGACUAAGAGAGCCCCACCGCUGGUGGGCCGCUGGGUGCCCUUUGCCGCUGUGGCUGCUGCCAACUGUGUCAACAUCCCCAUGAUGCGACAGCAGGAACUCAUCCAGGGCAUCUGCGUGAAGGACAGGAACCACAAUGAGCUUGGUCAUUCCCGGAGAGCUGCGGCCAUAGGCAUCACCCAGGUGGUUAUUUCUCGGAUCACCAUGGCAGCCCCUGGCAUGAUCUUGCUGCCGGUCGUCAUGGAAAGGCUGGAGAAACUGCAUUUCAUGAGGAGAGUCCGGGUCCUGCACGCUCCGUUGCAGAUCAUGCUGUCUGGGUGCUUCCUCAUCUUCAUGGUGCCAGUGGCAUGUGGGCUCUUCCCGCAGAAAUGCGAACUGCCAGUCUCCUAUCUGGAACCAGAGCUCCAAGACAGCAUCAGGGCCAAGUCCAAGUAUGGAGAGCCUGUGCCUUAUGUCUACUUCAAUAAGGGCCUCUAAAUGCCCACCCAGCGAGGACCAGCCGGUACCCAUACUUACCAGUGCCUCCUUAGCCACCGUGGGUACCUGUGCCCUCAUUCCUCUUGGCCGACAGGGCCUAAAGGCCAGGGUGGAUUCGGGGAGUGAGGGUGGGGUGGGAAGAUGCCUCAUGCUUCCACCCAGGCACCUAGAUUUAUGGGACUCCAGGGGAUAAAAGUGAACAAGGGGAGAAAGGCCACGUCUUCUGUCUGCCCUCCCUAAGCCCCAUCCCCUGCAGACCAGGAGCUGAGACCCCCACAGGGAGAAGUUGCUGGGACCUGUGGGAGACACUCAAGGAAACCAUUUGGAAAAAGUAGGAACCCUUUGGGAUUCUGAUUCUGGCCGGUACUGAGGAAGAGCCUGCCUUCCUCCUCAUCUGCUGGGAACCUUCACCCAGCAGCUCUGGCUCUCUGGGGAAGGGGGAGGGAAGAAGCCAGGUCACCUUGAGGCUCCUCAAAGCUCUUCCCUGCUCUCCUCCCCAGGGCCCCUGGUCACAAAGCUUCUUUGGGAGUCUUGCUAAACUUGAGUUUAUCAGGCACCCAGGAGUUCUUAGUGUGGAAAACAAAGGACCCUGGGUGAGGCAGAGGUCUCGUGGUGCUUCAAGCCCUGUCUGUCGACACUGGCUUUGUUCUCCAGCCCUGAAAUCAUAUCUGCUUCUACUUCUCUGUGUCUGAGAGAUAAAUCCACUGUGAGUAAAAAGGAUGUCUGUAGGCAUUAACUGCACAUUUUAGUGGGUAUAAUUUCCUGGCUACCUCCCUUCCUCAGCCCAUUGGCUUAAACACCAAAGAAAGACUGGUGUGUACUGAAUAGGAAAGGGAAGUUUUAUUUGGACACCUCUGAGAGGAAAUCAACCAGGACCAAAGAGCCUUAAAGGACACACAGCAAAGCGCAGCUGCUCGCCCUUCCCAGCCUGGCGGCUUGAGGGGCUUUCUCAGGCUCCUGGGGGAGGGGGUUGUUGUGGCUGACGUGGGGCCAAUGUCCGUAUGAGUUUUGUCUAGUAGAGUUUACUGACUGAUCAAAGGAUAUUACUGUGAAUUGAACACAUUUCUUGGAAGAGCACAACGAACUGUCUGCACACUGAGUUAAUAAAGCCUGGAUGGAAAGCA